CAGCCUGUCACCUCUAGUCAAGGCAAUCGUAAUUGUUUUUUGCAGUGGACGGAACAAAAAAAGAAAGGAAAAUAGUCUACUACUAAAAUGUUCAAUAUGUUCGCCAGUAAAAUGAUAAUUUGGCUUUUGUUAUGUGGCGCAGUUCUGUCUCAAAAUGUUAUUAGUUUAAAGGAUGUCCAGUUUGGUACUACUAAUUCGCCUUUAGAAAAUUCGACAACGUCAAGCACGUCUACAUCCACCUCAACAGUAAAACCAACUAGCACUAGCUCAACAUCGACGACCACCACAACUACCACUGAGCCACCAAAGACGACAACCACACCGGCUCCCGUGCCAUCCACAACCCAUGCUCCCCAACCGUAUCCGUCCCCCUCAGUGGGCACUUGGAAUGCGUCCUGCAUUUUGCUCCGAAUGGCGGCCCAGCUCAACUUCACCUAUGAGACCAAGGAUGGAAAUCUUACUCAUGGCCUCUACAAUAUUCCGAGUAAUGCCUCAAUCGGAGAUAAUGUUUGUGAAAGCAAGACCGUUCAGGCAAUUCAACUAACCUGGGGACCCAAUUCAUCCAAACAGUCUUUCCUUAUGUUCUUCGACAACAAAAACGAGAGCAUUGUCCUAUCCUCGAUUCAAAUCCAUCUGACUGUGCUUACCGAGGACUUCCCUGAUGCCAAGGAAAACCAAACGAUUCAGCUAAUUCAUCGCGGGACAGAGGAAUUCAAAGCUCCUGAAAAGAUGUCCUACCAUUGUACACGCGUACAGAUGCUGAAUUUAACAGAGACUGUGGAUGCGAAGCCGUUGAUUGGUUGGAUCAGCGUUAGUCAAGUUCAAGUGGAGGCCUUCCGGACGACUAAUGCUACUGGAUUUUCCGCCGUGCAUGAUUGCGACAGCUCCGAAACAUCAGAUGUGGUGCCUAUCGCCGUUGGAAUUGCUUUGGCUGCCUUGAUUUUGGUUGUUCUUAUCUCGUAUCUUUGCGCUAGGCGUCGCUCCACCUCUCACGGCUAUAUGAGCUUCUAAGGGGAGUGAAGGGAAUAAGUUUAUGUUUGGGAAAAAUUAGAAAUUGAAAGGAAUUGAAGGAGAAGCAUGUUAGAGGGAAAGCGUUAGAGAGAAAUUUAAGAUUGAUUUUGAUAAUUGGAAGCUGUCUGUGAAUAUGAGCAACAUCCCAUUUUGUUUUGAAAAUUCUGACUUGUAAGAAUUAAAGCGGAUUUUUUUUGGAUAGGUUUGCACAUUACGAGCUGGUAUGGAGUAAAAAAAAGAUUGAAAAAGGGAAAGAGUAUAAAAAAACAUCAAAAAUAGGGAUUUACAAAUCUGUUUAUGUUGUGCAUGUAACCGUCAGAAGAUUUUAUUAUAAAAUCAGUUUAGAAGACUCCGACAUUACAUAAACCAUUUCCAUACAAGGAAUGGAGUGAGACCCAAAAUUUUAAACAAGCCGUAGGAGCACACAUUUUACGCAAAUAAAUCGAUCACGUAAAUGUAAUUAGUGCGUCAUUCAAUAAUAUAGGUGAAAACGAGAGCGAACGCUUUGGUUUGGGUAAUAACCACGGUUAUUUACUAUGCGUAAAUUGUAUAU